ACACACACACCCCCGCGCCAUUUCUUUGCGCCUGCGUACUGUCACCCUGCGCAGCGGGGGAGGCGAGUCUUGGCCCCAGGUUCCUACGGCGGCUGAGUGGACGCGGCCCAGAACUGCGGGGUCUAGGCAGAGGGCGCUGGCUCCUGGUGUGGACAGGGGCAGAGUGAAGGCGGGAAGACUGGGCUGCCCCUUCCCGCUCGGAAAGUCGGGGUCCGUGGGGCGGGGCCCUUCCCUGCAGGGGAUCGAGUGCCCCCCCGGGGGCGGGCGCGUUAGCCACGGAGACAGCUGCUGGAACCUGACUGGCUGCAGAGGAUUUCCUAACUCCCGCGGGCCGGGGCGGGCCGGGGCGGGCGGGGUCCCCGGGCUGGUGCUCCAGGGCCUCCUGUAUUGCUGGGCCCCUUCCCUAGAGGCCCAUGUCUCUCGCACGGGGUCUUGGAGACAUUGCGGCCUCCACAACGGCGCCUCUGUCUGAAGAAGGGGAAGUGACUUCUGGCCUCCAGGCUCUGGCGGUGGAGGAUACCGGAGGCCCCUCUGUCUCGGCCAAUAAGGCCGAGGAAGAGGGACGGGGCCAGGAGAAGGCCGAGCGUGAGGGGUCCGGGGCCGAGGAAGCAAAAGGAGAAGCCCCCAGCGCUGGAAGAGCGGAACAAGCCGAGGGAGACUUCGAGGACUGGUGCGUACCCUGCAGCGAUGAGGAGGUGGAGCUGCCUGCGCAGGGGCACGCCUGGAUGCCUCCGCCCUCUGAAAUCCAGCGGCUCUAUGAACUGCUAGCAGCUCAUGGUACCCUGGAGCUUCAAGCGGAGAUCCUGCCCCGCCGGCCGCCUACGCCCGAAGCCCAGAGUGAAGAGGAAAGAUCUGACGAGGAGCCGGAGGCCAAAGAGGAAGAGGAGGAAAAACCACAUGUACCCACGGAAUUUGACUUCGAUGAUGAACCAGUGACACCAAAGGACUCCCUAAUCGACCGAAGACGCACCCCAGGAAGCUCAGCCCGGAGCCAGAAAAGGGAGGCCCGCCUGGACAAGGUCCUCUCAGACAUGAAGCGACACAAGAAGCUGGAGGAGCAGAUCCUUCGAACUGGGAGAGACCUCUUCAGUCUAGACUCAGAGGACCCCAGCCCUGCCAGCCCCCCACUCCGGUCCUCGGGGAGUAACCUGUUCCCCCGGCAGCGGAAAUACUGAAAUACUCACUACUGCUGCUGCUGCCUCUGAGGUGCACAGACUGGACUGCCCUGCUGGGGCCUCGUUCUCCCUCCCCAAGCCAGGACCCUGGGAAACUUGGGAAGGAGAUGAAACCCCAAGCUCCCAACACAGCCCCUUUCAGGAAAGAGUGUGUUUUCUGUUGAACGUCACAUUUUGAGACCUGGGCUGGAUUUUCUAAAAUAAAAGGUGCAGGGUUUUCUUCUCUUAA